UAUGCUCUCCGCUCAUGUCUUGUCUAGCCAUACGACUCCGCUUGACAAAAGUAGUGCACCUCCGAGGGACAUCCCCGGUGAAACACUAUGAUAGUGUGCAUUGUAUAAUAGCCCUCAACUCACCCUCCCACCAGCCCAGCGAUAUUCAUGUAGCACCCUUCCCCCCAAGUGGCAAAUUCAAAGUAGAACCCAUUCUAUCCUUUUCCUCCCCUUCCCAACCCAUGAAUGAAACGCCAGACACCAAACCCCAACUCCCAUCCCAAACCCACCCAUACACACAACACCCCGAGAACCAUCAUCAAUCCAUCCAGCAUCUCAACCCGCCGCCAAAACCAUAGCAACCACAUACUCCCCAUCAUGCGAAAUCGACAACUUGCCCACCCUCCCCCUUCCCCUGUCCCCAUCCGCAUCCGCAUUCUCACCCUUACCCUCACCCUCACUCCACGGAUGAUCGCCCAGAUACACCACCUCCGGCCGCCCCUCGUCCACCUCACUCACCCGCACAAUCACAUCCUUCCAACCGAGCUGCGCCGCCCCGCCCGGUGCCGCCUUGCGCGCGGCCUCCUUGGCGGCGAACCGCCCCGCGAGCCAGCGGGCUAUUUCCGGGGUUAUUUGGGAGGGGUUCGUGUCUGCGAGGGGUGGGGAAGGAGCUUGGGGUUGUGGUUGGGAUUGAGACGGGGACUGGGACGGGGACUGCUGCAGCUGUGGCUGGGUUGUGGGCAGGGAAGGAAACCGGGCGUGGAAGUCUGCGUGCUCGCGCGGGUGGAGGAUGCGGCGGGUGAAGCGGGCGAGGUAGGUGCCGUUCUCGCGGGUGAGGAGGCGGGUGAUGCGCGGGAGGUGGACGAUGUCGGUGCCGAUGUUGAGGGCGAAAGGAAAGGGCAGUGGCGGCUUCAUUGUGGUUCGUUGGUGAUUUGGGGAGAUGCUUGGGCGGUGGUGGUGAGAAGGUGAAGUCGAGAAGAGAUGGGACGGUUGGGUCAGGUGACUGGCUCGUUUUCAAGAUUCGUUAGUUCACAUAGAGUACGACUAAACUAGGUUUCUUAGGAUGCAUUGGUCGUGGGUUGUUCGAUUAAACCAAUUUAAUGAGUUUGACGUUUAGAUGCGGUGC